GGGCAAAACCAAAAAACGCCGGGUUUCAUAUCUGCACCGUGGUCUCAUUUAAUCUCGAUCGGGUGAAGAAGAAGAAUAGCAUCUUCUCAAUAUUACCGUUGGUUGAAGCAACUGUGGUACAAAGUCCAGUUCCGCGAAACAAAACUGCAACUCAUUCGACAAAAUGAGCAGACUUGCAUUUAGUGCUCUUUUCUCGUCACUUAAAAAGAUGACAUUUUCUGGAGCUCCCGUUGCUCGUAAUCUGUGCGCGAUGGCAAGCAAUACGCCUGAAGCUUCGUCCGGGAAGUACAACUUCAAAACUCUCAAGCUUUCAACACCUAGUCCGUUCGUGGUGCAUGUGGAGUUCAACCGACCGGACCGAAUGAACGCCUUCAAUCGUCAGCUGUGGAUUGAAAUCAAGGACUGUUUUGAACAGCUGCACGACGAUCCCGACUGCCGGGUGGUGGUGCUUUCCGGAGGUUCAUCGAAACAUUUCACCGCCGGUAUUGAUCUGUUUGACAUGAUGAAGCUAGGCCAAGAGUUGGGCGCCAUUGAGGAGGUGGGUCGGCGUGGCCGAUUGCUCGAGGGCGCCAUUAAGCUCUACCAAGAUUGUAUCACUUCAGUAGAACGGUGCUACAAACCGGUGAUUGUAGCUGUACAUUCGGCCUGCAUCGGUGCUGGCCUUAACCUAAUCACGGCAGCCGAUAUUCGUUACUGCACGCGCGAUGCUUGGUUUUCGUUGAAGGAAGUUGACAUUGGUAUGGCUCCAGACGUUGGUGCGUUGCAACGGCUCCCGCGUGUCGUCGGUAACCACAGCUGGGUACGAGAGAUUAGUUUCACAGCCCGCAAAAUUCCUAGCGAUGAGGCGUACGGCCAAGGACUCGUUUCGCGUCUCUUCGACAACCGCGACGAACUUCUUGGCGGUGCAAUCAAACUCGCGGAAGAGAUUGCCAGCAAGAGUCCUAUUGCGGUUCAGGGUACGAAGAAAAAUAUUGUCUAUUCAUCCGACCACACCAUUCAAGAGGGCCUUGAUCACGUGCGUGAUAUAAACAUGUUGCACCUGCAGAGCGAGGACUUCCUCAAUGCCAUCAUGGCAUCACAGACCAAGGAAACGCCCGUCUUUGCCAAACUGUAGGCCUAACCCUAAAUGGGUUCACUUUUGUGAAGUUCUACGAAAAAAGGGUAAUAAAAAGAGUACGCAUUUGUAUGG